AUGUCUCUACCACUGAAGGCCAAAGUCUCGAUCCGCGAUAAUUGGGAAAAGCCCGAAUGUCGUGCUCAAGAGUCUAUGAAAAAGCUGAAAGACGUGCUCGGUCUUGAAGUUUACUGUGAGCCUCAAUGGCAAAUUCUUGUAUCCGAGCUAGAGAGCUUUUGGGAAGAUAAGGGCGAGCUGGUUUCUUCAGUGGCAUCCUUCAUUCAUAUCUGGCUUGAAGCACUCACCGAGUUGCUUGAUGAUGAAGCUCAUGAGACCUGGACGGACACUGUCCUUACGAAUAUCAGAGACCUGACUUCGAGGUUGAACUUGACAGUUGAGGUAUCAGAGAAUCAACGACCAUCAACCAAGUGGUCUGCUGCACAACUUGGGUUCAUUCUGUAUAUUCCCAAAGAUGUAACUCGCCAGCCAGCUCAGUACUUCGGUCUGUUCAAGGAACAGCUUCUUCAGUGCUUCGAAGAAAAUCGACCAUCCAAAACGUUGCCCAUACACUCCACCACGGGUGAUGAAUGGGCGGAUGUUGCAGCAGAAGAUGGAGAAGAAGAGCCUGCGAAACCUUCACAAACAGGCAAAAAAGCACCAGCUAUUGAUUAUCUCCCAGACCCCAACACUAUGCCGAAGCCUAGUGCACUUUUCCAGCAAGCUCCCUAUCAUCUCUUUGUGUACUCGAGCUUAAACAGGAGCCAGAAGAUUGAAAUUGAAUGUAGCCACAGCCAAACUUUGGAAGUUUUAGCCGAGUACUUGAAAAAGUGGACAAAGACCAACGUCAAUCGUGUCGACAAGCCUCCUGCGGUGGAGAUCACACUCAACCACGCCGCCUCGGGCUUUGGACUCGAGUGUGAUAAACUCACGCUGCACUGCGAGAACAGAUACGGGCCAAUCUACAACAUAUCUGCUGCCGCAAUUUUGAAUUUGGUUGAGGGAGUGUUUGGGUAUGAAAGAGUCUAUGGCGAUUCCACUUCAUGGCACUACCGACGAGACACACCGUUCAAGAAGCGAUAG